GAACUCUCUUCAGCAUUCAUCCCUGCAGAUAAAGUCCAGCAAUACAUAGAAAUCUCUCAGAAUCAUAAACUUCAGACUCCAAGAUGAUAUUGCUGUUCUUCUUGUUUGGUCUCUCUCUGGCUGCUGUGGCUCCUUCAGACAAACAGGAGAUGAAGCUCCAGCGGGGCGGCUGUCCCCCGUUCUGGUUCAGCUUCAAUGGCCGCUGCUACAAGUACGUCGCCACCUUGAUGACCUGGGCUGAUGCGGAGCAGCACUGUGUGACCCAAGGAGCCAACCUGGUGUCCAUCCACAGUCUGGAAGAAGAGAACUUUGUCAAACUGCUGAUCAAAAACUUUGAUCCCGCUCAGGGAGCCAACUGGAUCGGACUCUCUGACGCUCAGAAGGAUGGAACAUAUUUCUGGUCUGACGGGUCUACUUUCAACUUUAACUUUUGGAACACAGGAGAACCAAAUAACGCAGGAGGAUCAGAACCGUGUGUGCACACAAAUUGGGGCCCGGCCAGGAGAUGGAACGAUAAAGUGUGCACAGAUGUAUACUCCUUUGCUUGUAAACUUCGUCCAUAUUGUCAAUGACUGCUGAGAAUUAAAUUCUGAAUCUGAUCAGAAGUGAUCAAGCUAGACAUGAGAAAUGAAACAUGGCAAAUUUUCUUUACUUUUUUUUUCAAUUUGAUUUUUUGUUUAUCAUUCUAACACAGUCUUUUUUUAUGAUGCUUUAAUUUAAAUGUGUUGACCAGAAAAUAUUAAUA